CUGGAGCACAGGCAGCCAGCCUUUCGUGUCUCGAGCUAUUGUUGUGAUUCAGCACCUGACCCCUUUUUUUCCUGAAUCCCUACCUCCCUCUGCACCGACGCCAUGGCCAACCGCAUGCCUGCUUGCGUUGUCGAUGUCGGCACGGGCUACACCAAGCUCGGCUUUGCCGGCAACGACCAGCCCUCCUACAUUAUGCCCUCCACCAUUGCGGUGCGCGAAAAGGCACCGCCCACGGGCAUCGAGGAUCUGGACUUCCACAUUGGCGAUGAGGCUAGUUCGGCCUCUGGCUACUCGGUCAAGUAUCCCGUUCGCCACGGCAUUGUCGAGGAUUGGGAUCUGAUGGAAAAGUUUAUGGAGCAAGUCAUCUUCAAGUACCUGCGAGCAGAGCCCGAAGACCACUACUUUUUGCUGACCGAGCCCCCGCUCAAUACUCCAGAGAACCGCGAGUACACGGCUGAGAUCAUGUUCGAGUCGUUCAACGUCCCCGGCCUUUACAUCGCCGUGCAGGCCGUACUGGCCCUGGCAGCCUCAUGGACCUCGCGCCAAGUCGGCGAGCGCACGCUCACCGGAACCGUCAUUGACUCGGGCGAUGGUGUGACCCACGUUAUCCCCGUGGCCGAAGGCUAUGUCAUUGGUAGCUGCAUCAAGCACAUCCCCAUUGCCGGCCGCGACAUCACCUAUUUUGUUCAGCAGCUGCUGCGUGAGCGCGAGCUGGGCAUUCCUCCGGAGCAGUCGCUGGCGACUGCCCAAGCCAUCAAGGAGCGUUACUCGUACACGUGCCCCGAUAUUGUCAAGGAGUUCAACAAGUACGAUGAGGAUCCUGCCAAGUGGUUCAAGACAUACACUGGCACGAACAAGGUGACCAAGCAGGACUUUUCCGUUGAUGUUGGCUACGAGCGCUUCCUGGGUCCCGAGAUUUUCUUCCACCCAGAGUUCUCCAACCCUGAAUUCCAGACUUCCAUCUCCACUUUGGUGGACGAGGUGGUGCAGGGCUGCCCCAUUGAUGUUCGCCGUGGUCUCUACAAGAACAUUGUCCUUUCGGGUGGCUCGACCAUGUUUAAGGACUUUGGCCGCCGUCUGCAGCGCGAUGUUAAGAAGGUGGUCGAUCUCCGCUUGCACAAGAGCGAAGAGCUCAGCCAGGGUCGCCUCAAGCCCCAACCCAUCGACGUCAAGGUCAUCACCCACAACAUGCAGCGCUAUGCUGUUUGGUUCGGUGGCUCCAUGCUUGCCUCCACGCCCGAGUUUUACUCAGUUUGCCAUACAAAGGCCGAGUACGACGAGCGUGGUCCCAGCAUUUGCCGUCACAACCCUGUUUUUGGCACCAUGUCGUAAACCGCUUGAAGCAGUUGUACGGAGCUUGAUUGCCAUUUUUUUUUUUUCUUUUUAUAGCGUUGGCACAUCUUUGAGAUGAGCGUGAUACCAGUGCUUGCGCUGGCCGUGGAUCUUCUGCUCUUUUUGCGCUUUUCCUUCUUCCCCUCAUCACGUGUUUUGUCUUUUGGGCCGAACGUGCCUCGAUCCAUGUCUGUACUUGAUGUUUUUGUUUUUUUGUUCUUUGUACGUUUGUUGGCAGCAGAAAUUUUCAGCUUGCUGGUUUGCCAAGUCCGUUGUUGUUGUUGUUGUUUUCUUUUUUUUUUGAUGUUUUUGUGCUGGUGUGCCGUUGGGGUUAAAGCUCACGGCGGGGAGUGCGCAGCGGGCGGAUCUUUCGUGUGGUUGGACUUGUCGUGAACUUGCCCACGAACGCAGAGAGCGGAUGUCAAAGGUCCCCUUCUUGUGUGCUCGGCCUGGCGCAAUGUGGUGAUAGUGGUAUAGAGGUGGGGAAGGAUCAACUUGUUGGCUCGCUCUGUCACCGAGCCGACCGAGCCCUCCUUUCUGGCGAUGAUUGAAGGAGGCAUGAUUUGAGCUGUGCCGCCCAAAACAAAAUCAAAACUGACACAAAUAUAAAAUUGAAUUC